CCGCUAUGAAAGCGCAAGCAUUGGCCGAUCAUUUGGCAGAGAAUCCAGUUGACAAUGAUUAUGAACCUUUGCAAACUUACUUUCCUGAGGAAGAGAUAAAUUCAAUUGAGGAAGAAGUUCAAGAUGAUAUGUACGCAUGGAAAUUAUAUUUUGAUGGGGCAGUCAAUGUCAAAGGAGUAGGAAUUGGGGCGGUUCUUGUCUCACCGACCGGGCAUCAUCAUCCCGCCACAGCACGACUCCGUUUCUUUUGUACUAAUAACACAGCAGAAUAUGAAGCUUGCAUCAUGGGGUUAAAUAUGGCAAUAAAUCUGGAUGUGCACAAGCUAAUGGUGUUGGGAGAUUUUGAAUUACUCAUUCGACAAAUUCAAGGUGAAUGGGAAACGAGAGAUAUCAAGCUCAUUCCAUAUAAACAGUUCGUAGAGGACCUUAGCAAAAGGUUUGAGUCUAUCGAAUUUAGACAUAUUCCCAGAUCCCAUAAUGAGCUGGUUGAUGCCCUGGCUACCCUAGCUUCCAUGCUCCCGUACCCAGGAAAUACGCAUCUCGACCCAUUAGAGAUACAGAUACGAGAUCAACAUGGUUAUUACAAUAUAAUUGACGCAGAACCAGAUAAUGAACCUUGGUACUAUGAUAUCAAACGUUUCCUAAGGUCAAAAGAAUACCCAAUACACGCCAAAGCAGAUCAAAAAAGAACCAUUAGGAAACUUGCUAAUGGUUUCUUCUUAAGUGGGGAGAUUCUGUACAAACGAACCCCAGACUUGAACUUGUUGAGAUGUGUUAAUAUUCAGGAAGCUGAAAGAAUCAUGAAUGAGGUACAUUCGGGGGUGUGCGGUUCGCAUAUGAAUGGCUAUGUUUUAGCGAAGAAGAUCAUGUGGGCAGGAUAUUAUUGGUUAACUAUGGAGCGAGAUUGUUUUCGCUUUGUUCGCAAGUGUCAUCAGUGUCAGAUUCAUGGUGAUUUGAUUCACUCGCCACCUUCAGAGCUGCAUCCUAUGUCUGCUCCUUGGCCAUUCGUUGCUUGGGGAUAUCGUACAACUAACCGUACAUCGACUGGCGUAACUCCUUAUUUAUUAGUCUAUGGGACCGAAGCUGUAAUACCCGCAGAAGUCGAAAUUCCCUCGCUUCGAAUCAUUAGUGAAGCCGAAAUCGACGAUACUGAAUGGGUCAAGUCUAGACUAGAACAAUUAUCAUUAAUAGAUGAAAAAAGGUUGACGGCAGUUUGUUUUGGUCAAUUAUACCAGAAAAGGAUGGCGCGAGCUUACAAUAAGAAG